UCAGGCGACAAGAACAUGGAUGAGUACUACAUGAGGAAGCACCACCUGCCCCUCCCUGAUCUGACCACCAGGGGGCCCACCCACCUAGUGAAGCUCAACUCGGAGCCCCAGCAGGCUCCCCCCCAGCGCCAGCGUCGCCCCAAGGUCCAGCGGGCCAUGUCCCAGGACCACGUGCUGUCCCCGGAACGUGCCCCUCGCCACGGUUACGGGCUCUCGUCCUAUCCCGGCGGAGGCAUGGCGCACUAUGGAAGCUCCCGGAUGCUCUCGGAGGAGCAGCUGCUCUCCGCCGACCGCCUGCAAUCCCAGGAUCCUUUGCUGUCGCCGGACAAGAUGCUGUCCCUGCGGCGGUCCAACUUCCGUGAGAAGGCGGCCAUGUCGCGGGCGCUGUCCCACACAGACAUGUUCGUGCCCACCACGCCCGUCAUGGAUCGCUACGCCAGGAUGCAGAAGAUGCACUCCCACCCCAGUGCCGCCAGCGCCAUCGAGGCCUACUCCAACACGCUUACCGUUAACCAGAGCAACAACAAGCGCCAGCAAUUCGCCAACCGCCGGACUCACACCGUCGAUCACCUGCAGUUCGUCUCCGGUCAUCAGCACAACCAGUACCGCACGGCAAGCAAGAACGAAGUCACCGUCUGAUUGGUUGGCUGAGGAGGAUGGGGCGGGUCAGGCAGCGGGGGUCAGGGACAUAUCGUUGUCAGCAGACAAACUCGACGUGGCAGAGAACUAACCAAUCAGAAACCACAGUCAGCACGGUGUCACCUCUAGUGGAGGUGAGUUAGGAAGUCCAAACUCGUUUUGGGUCAUCUUGGCAACCAGCCACCUAGAGACCUCUCUUCGCUUUCGGCGCUACAAAUCCCAAUCCCCUUCUUCAUCCCGUUCUCACUCGGUUUUCCGUUUCUCCCCCCCUCCCCCUCUUUUUCUCUCACUCUCUCCCUCUAUCUCGCCCUCUCCUGUUUCUCUCUUUGCUCUAUUUCACAGUGUCUCUCGCUUGCUCUCUCUUCUGUUAAUAUCUGUCUCUCUCUGUGACCUUCGGUCAUGGUCAGCAGAUCUGACCGCGGCAGAGAGGAUCUGUAACUCUCCUCUCAUAGAGCAUAAGGGCUUUGCACGUUGACUCACUGGGAAGGCAUCAUGUCAAAGGCUGGUGGGAGGUCUGGACUAUUUUUUAAGAAACAAAGAUGGUGUGGAACUGGGAAAGAACUGGAGCAAGUUUAUAAAUAUAUACAUAUAUUUACUAUUUGUAUUUUCAGUCCUUGUUAUAGCUUUAGAGAUUCUUAAUGAACUUAUAUACAGAAAAAACAUAUGUCUGCACUUAAAGAGGUGCCUCUUAAAAAUGCUCCCAUUUCAAUGAGGAAGUGGAUAUGUGGGUUAAAAAGCACAAUUAAUGAAUAAUUUAUUUUUCUUUUUUUCUUUCGUUCUUUGAUUCUUCUCUAUUUGGUAAGAGGCCAGAUCGUGUCAGCUCCCUAGUGAAACCCCAGAUGGUUUCUGCUGCAUACAAGAGUGUACAUAGGCUUCAUUAGCAGCAUUUUAAACAGCUGGACCUCUGAAUUUAUGGGUAACGAUUUUUGUUUGUUUUUCACCAUAACAUGAUUUUUCAGAUCUCCCGAACUUUUACAUAUACGCGAAAAGAAUUGACAAUUGUGUGUGCCAAGAUGUGUGUUUUGUUCUGCUAGACUUUUGUAUACAAUUGUGCUUGAACAUUGAAUGUGUGGCUAGGUGGCUAUAGGUCCACACUAGGCCAGUGUGAAUGAACUAAACCACAGCUUAAUGCCCAUUUGAAUCAACUUUAUUUACAGUUUGUUCACACGUUUUCAUUUCUAAAGUGUCUGUACGGACAAGCGUCACGUAGAGUAGCAUGUUUUUGAUCGCGGAGAUAUGUCUGCAAGACUGCAACCAUCACUAAACGUCAAGCCUCCUUGAAGAUUUAACGACGUCAGUGUCGGAAAAACUGGCAGUUGUCGUUCUGUCUGGUUACACACAGACUCACUCUUCUCAGUGUAAACCGAAAAAAAGUUGUCAUGGUAACCGUAUCUAAGCAAGGAUUAAAACUGUGAAUCCUUUGUCCAGAUUCAUAUUAUUAUCACUAUAAUUUUCAUUAAAGCAAUGCCUUAUUGUGUGGAAUCCCAUACAUUUGUGUUUUGGUCAGUCCCAUCCCCAGGCCUGUUGUGUGUUGUGGGUUGUGUGUUGUGUAGCUGUUGCUGUCUAGCUCAGAAGCAUCGAGGCACAUGGUGAUCAGUAGAUGCUGGCGGGGCCGUAACCACAUAUGAGAUGCUGAGGUUCGGACCACAGUAAAAACACACACACACACAAUUAGUUAUUUCAAUAUUCCCUGUGAUUUAUUUCUGUGAUUGGACCUCAGUAAACGUAGAAUUCCUGAUGGGCAGAACCAGCAAAAGAUACAAGUGAUGAAGAUGACGGCUCUGAUCUGU